AUCUAUGUGAAGCAGCAGGACCGCAUUGGCGGCCACUCCCGGGAUCUGCAAGUGGCCAAGAUGAGCUUGAUCGACCUGGCAGGCUCAGAGCGAGCUUCGGUCGCCAACACCAAGGGAGAGCGGCUCCGGGAGGGAGCCAACAUCAACCGCUCGCUGCUGGCCCUCAUCAACGUCAUCAACGCGCUGGCUGACGCGAAGAGCAAGAAAACCCACGUCCCGUACAGGGACAGCAAGCUCACGCGCUUGCUGAAGGACUCCAGGUGCCGCACCGUCAUGGUGGCUGCGGUGAGUCCCUCCGCGCUGGCCUACGAGGACACCUACAACACCCUCAAGUAUGCCAGCCGGGCCAAGGAGAUCAAGCUGUCGCUGAAGAGCAACGUGAUCAGCUAUGACGGCCACGUUAGUAAAUACUGCGAGACCUGCGAGCGGCUGAAAGCGGAGGUGGCAGCUCUGCGGGUGAAGCUUCGUGCCUGCAAGGACGCUGCCCGGGAGUCGCAGAACCAGGCGCCGGCGCUGCCAGUUCCCCUGAGCUCCAGCGCAGUGGGGCUGCCCAGGUUGGAGGAAGCUGUCCCAAAGACAGGCUCGGCCCUGGAUGGUCAGAGGGAGAGUGAUGGAGAGCAGCUGGAGCUGGAAGCUGGAUUGCCUGUCCAGAUGCAGAUGGAGUUGGAGGAGGAGGUGAGAGAAAGGCUGAGCUACCGAGUGUCUGAAGCCCAGCAAAAAGUCCGUGGAUGCCAUUUGGUCCCUUGUAACCAACAGGUGAACAUAAAACUCGCAGCUCAGGUUCUCCAGCUGAUGGCCACCAUCCUGAGUGUUGUCCGGCAGCAGUAUUCCCUCCUGAAGGCUGCCAACCUCCUGACUCCUGCCAUGGUCUCUGAAUAUGAGGAACUGGAGCGCCUGGUCCGGCAGGAGACUGGUGGGAGCCUGGAGCAAGCCGUGGCUCCGAAGAGACCUGCGGGGGUCAGCGGGGCCACCCCAGCCGGGAGAGCACAGCAGGGCUGUGACGCAGAGGCAUCUGUCGCCGUGCCCAGCGCCCCUGGGACGAGCACCGCCCCGCAGUGCUUGCAGCAGCUCACUCCGCUUUCCCACUCCACCCUGGCGGCUCCCAGCCCGAUGAAGAAGAGGAGGAAACUGGAGACGACACGCGCUGCUCGGCUGGGAACUCCCCGCAGCCUCAGAGCACAAAUGAAACGCCAGCGGAGACGUGGGAAAGCAGCAGAGGCUCCCGGGACACCGCAGACCUCGAGCACCCCCUGUCUCAAAGCAGCACCUCAGGCACCCCCUGUCUCCCCGGUGCCAUCGUCCAGCACCCCCAAAACCUGCCCACUGACACUCCUCAAAAGCCCUGUGCCACUGGCCUUGCUGGCUGCCCAGAACACCAGCACCCUGCCUGCCGCCCCCGUCCACGCCCUGAAUGUGACUUUUGAGGUCUGCCAGGUCACCAGCCCGUGCGACGUGAUCGACCCAGCUGCCUACAUCGAGCCUGAAGUCCCCGUCUGGGACAAUGUCCAGGGCAUCCUAAACAAGCAGGAUGGCCCCUUCAUACCCAAAACCUGCAUCCCGGUGUUUGCUGCGAGGGGUUCCUCCACCCCCAAGCCCUUCUCCAGCUCCCAAGCACCCGUGCAGAAGCGGAAGCAAGCGGAGAGCGCUGCUCUCCCCUCCCUGGGUGGGCCCCAGAGCCGCGUUGCCCAAGUCCCGAGCAGCAGCCGGAGACCCGUGCGGCCCUCCCGCAUCCCAG